ACCAGAACGUUAUACCACAGUUCGCCGUCGCCCCUUCUCGCAACCCUAACCCUAGCUCCAAAACUCAGCCUUCCCUGCGUAAGAGAUGUCGCACUUCGGGAGGUCGGGUCCGCCGGAUAUCAAGGACACAUACUCUCUCCUCGUCCUGAAUAUCACAUUCAGGACUACGGCGGACGAUCUGUUUCCCCUCUUUGAUAAAUACGGAAAGGUGGUUGAUAUAUUCAUUCCCAGAGACCGAAGGAGUGGAGAGUCUAGAGGCUUUGCUUUUGUGAGGUACAAGUACGCAGAUGAGGCACAGAAGGCUGUGGAUAAACUAGACGGAAGGAAUGUGGAUGGACGGGAGAUCAUGGUUCAGUUUGCUAAAUAUGGACCAAAUGCUGAACGAAUCCACAAAGGAAGAAUUGUUGAAGCUUUGCCAAAGUCAAGGGGCAGGUCUAGAAGCCGCAGUCCUAGGCCUAAGUAUAAAGAUGAUUAUCAUCGAGAUAGAGAUUACUACCGUGAUAGGGAUUAUAGAAGGAGAAGCCGCAGUCGAAGUAGAGGGAGGUAUGAACGUGACAGAUACCAAGAGAGGGAGAGAGAUUAUCGUCGCCAAAGCCGCAGUCGUAGCAUGAGCCCUGAUUAUCAUAGAAGUCGUGGUAGAGGCAGAGGCUAUGAUGAUGAACGGGAGAGGAGCAGAAGCCGCUCCAUUGACAGUGCAUCAGACCGUCGUAGUCUUAGUCCGAGGCGGAGCAUGUCUCCUCGGAAAUCAUCUCCAUCUCCCGGUCGUAGUCCUCCUUACCAUGAUGAAAGCCCCAGCAAACACAGCAGUGGCAAGCGUUCACCAUCUAGAAGUGCUUCUCCGAGGGGUCGUCAUGCUGAUUCCCGUAGUCCCUCCCCUCGCAAUUCUGAUGAGGAUUGAUUGAUUCAAGAUCUCGUUGAAGGAUGGCAGAUAAUUUGUCCUUUCCUACUUGCCCAUAUAAUCUAAAAUAGCUCUGGGCUGCUUUCCAAGGUCAUGAGUUUGUUUCUCAGUUGCUACAAUCUAUUUCUUUGUUUCUGGCACAUUUUCUCAAACUGGUAGCAUUGCAUUUUGGCUGUAGUUUUGGUAACUGAAUUUUGUUGGAAGACUGUUAAUUUGUGAUGUACCUUUUUUUAAACUUUACCCUUGAACUGUGA